CACCAUACAUCAUCGCGAAUCCUUGACAGUUUAUCUCAAAAGCGGACACAACAAGCGAAGUCACAGAUUGCAGAGUAGUCGACCGCUCUGAACUUUGUUGCAGCCUACCACAGUAUCAGCCACAGCACGCCUCGAGUCGCUAAGCCGCGCUAGCGACGUCAUUGAGAUCGGAGAAAGACACAGUGACGCGCUCUUCCGCGAUGCGUGCUUGUGCGUGCCGCUCUCAGCGAAACUCUAGGGAGUGUGGAAAAUGUGGCUGCAGCUAAAGGUGGUAUUGAAAGGACUCAUUGUCCUUUCUAGACUCUAUGCCUACCCUAACAUUGCUUCCUGGAACUACUGCACCGCACAGGAACCAUAACCACGAUGAGCACCGAGUCCGCCUCAUCGCCAACCAGAUCCUCAAUCCAUGUAACGAAGCGAGACGACCGCUCCUCGUACAUGCUUCUCAUCCAACUUCUCACGCGUCCCUUCCGCAACCACCUCGGCCGCCCUAAAAAGUACCACCCCAAGGGCUCCAUAGAGCUAGAAACCCCCAAGAGCGUCCUAGCAACAUGUACCGCCACACAUCGAACGGUUUGCGACAUCAACGUUUACGACAUCGUCCCUAAAAAGCCGGCUCGUACAUCGAGACGGAUAUACUAUUUUGGCGGCGGAGGAUGGCAAAGCCCGCCCUCGCCUCAGCAUUGGCAGGUGUGCGCCAAAUACGCGAUGGAAAUACCUGGCACGAUAGUAACUCUCGUUUCGUAUCCGCUUGCGCCCAAUAAUCCCGCACCGAGUGCAUUUCCCAUGUUGAUGCGGCUCUAUCGGAUCGUUAUGGAGAAGGCCAACGAAUUAGGAGAAAAGGUGAUACUAGCAGGCGACUCCUCAGGGGGCAACAUCGUGCUCUCGCUGGUGUUAGAAGCGCUGCGAGAAGACGAGAAGGCCGCGACGAGCGAGACUGAGCAAAAGCGGAUACCACACCCGGCCGCCGUCCUGGCCCUCUGCCCCUCGACCGAUCUCACGCGCAACAACCCCGAUAUCGAGAAACUCGCAAAAUUCGAUCCGCUUCUCACACCCACAUUUGUCAGACAAACAGCACGCGCGUGGCAUGCGGACUGGGAUCCUGCAGACAGACGGGUCUCGCCGAAUAAUGCGGACAUCUCGUUGCUCGGCAGGAGCGGGAUCAAGGUGCAUGGAAUCACAAGUGGAUACGACAUACUCAGCCCUGAUGCGAUCAUUUUUCGGGAUAAGCUGGCGGAAGAGGGUGUGCAGGGAGAAUGGCUGCACUGGGAGAAACAGAUGCACUGUUUCAGCCUCACAUUGCCAUAUGGGCUGCUAGAAGCUAGGGAAGCCUUCGCAUGGAUCGUAAGUAUCCUCAAGGAUGUAUAGGCUAUCGGCUCUAUCACGGUCUUAUAGUUUCCUCCCUAGAGAAGGCGGCGAUGGCCGGUAGAUGUUGUGCAUUGGGGUAGACCAAUGCCGAAGAUUUUUUUCAGUAGAUACCCUUCUCACAUGCAAUGCAAUGUUUCCACAUGCUUC